CUCAAUCCCGCCUGUUCUUAUUUUGGAGCGUCAGAGAGAGAGAGAGAGAGAGAGAGAGAGAAGACGCCAUUAGAGAGAGACAACUGAGGAGGAAUCAUAGCAGAUCUGGUUUUGAAAGUGAAGAAACUCCUUUGGAUUUGUUCCUUUCUUCUUGAUUAUCUGUUUCUCGCCGCCGAUUGAAGGAUGUCUGGUCGUCACGAGAAGGAGAAGGGCGUCAAUGUUCAAGUCCUUCUUCGUUGCAGGCCUUUUAGUGAGGAAGAGUUGCGAAGUAAUGCACCGCAGGUUGUUACUUGUAAUGAUUAUUCUAGGGAGGUGACUGUGUCUCAGAAUAUUGCUGGAAAGCAUUUUGAUAGAGUUUUCACUUUCGAUAAGGUUUUCGGUCCUUCAGCUAAGCAGAGAGACCUUUAUGACCAAGCUGUAGUGCCCAUAGUUAAUGAAGUAUUGGAAGGCUUUAAUUGUACAAUUUUUGCUUAUGGACAAACUGGUACAGGGAAAACGUACACAAUGGAAGGGGAAUGCAAACGAUCAAAGAGUGGUCCAAAUGGAGAGUUGCCUCCGGAAGCAGGAGUUAUACCCAGAACCGUGCAGCAGAUUUUUGACACCCUAGAGGGUCAGAAUGCUGAGUACAGCGUGAAGGUGACUUUCUUGGAGCUCUACAAUGAGGAAAUUACGGACUUACUAGCUCCAGAGGAGAUUACGAAAGUUGCUUUGGAGGAGAAGCAGAAAAAGCAAUUGCCCUUAAUGGAAGACGGCAAAGGGGGUGUUCUUGUGAGAGGUCUGGAGGAGGAAAUUGUUACUAGUGCCAGUGAGAUUUUUAGCUUACUCGAAAGAGGAUCAGCUAAGCGUCGCACUGCAGAGACAUUGUUAAAUAAGCAAUCAAGUCGGUCACAUUCUCUCUUUUCCAUAACAAUACACAUUAAGGAAGCAACACCAGAAGGUGAAGAACUGAUCAAAUGUGGGAAGCUAAAUUUGGUUGAUCUGGCUGGAUCAGAAAACAUAUCUCGUUCUGGCGCCCGAGAGGGUCGUGCACGAGAAGCUGGGGAGAUCAAUAAAAGUUUACUGACGCUGGGGCGUGUGAUAAAUGCACUUGUCGAACAUCUUGGGCACAUCCCAUAUAGGGAUAGCAAGCUUACACGGUUACUCCGCGAUUCACUUGGGGGAAGAACCAAAACAUGCAUCAUUGCCACAGUUUCCCCUGCUGUUCACUGUCUCGAGGAAACCCUGAGUACACUAGAUUAUGCACACAGGGCCAAAAAUAUUAAGAAUAAGCCAGAGGUCAAUCAAAAAAUGAUGAAAUCUACCUUGAUCAAGGAUCUCUAUGGUGAAAUUGACCGUUUGAAGGCAGAGGUUUAUGCUGCUCGUGAAAAGAAUGGUGUCUAUAUUCCAAAGGAACGAUACCAACAAGAGGAGAGUGAAAGAAAGGCAAUGGCAGAUCAAAUUGAGCAAAUGGGAGUAACAAUUGAAACCUAUCAGAAGCAACUAGAAGAAUUACAAGAGAAAUACAAUAUUCAAUCAGUACACUGCUCUGAUUUGAGCAAGAAACUUGAUUCUACAGAGAAAACUCUAUGUCAAACUCAAAAAUUGCUAUCAAGCACCGAGGAAGAGUUGAAGAAAUGUCAGUAUUUCCUGAAGGAAAAGGAUUUCGUUAUUUCUGAACAAAGAAAAGCAGAAAACGCUCUGGCUCAUCAAGCCUGUGUUCUGCGGUCGGAUCUGGAAAAAGCUCUUCAGGAUAACGCUUCAUUAUUUAUGAAAAUCGGUAGAGAAGAUAAACUGAAUACGGAAAAUCGAGCAGUGGUGGAUAAUUAUCAGAUAGAGCUUACGCAACAAAUUGGCUCUGUUUGCAAUAUUGUCUCAACGUCCUUGUCUCAACAGAAUGAGCAUCUUCAAUGUGUUGAAAACAUAUGCCAUUCGUUUUUAGACAAACAUGAAAAGGCAAUAAUGGACAUGAAGAAAAAAUUAUCAUCAUCGAGAACAUUAUAUAUAUCUCAUAUUGAGGCUUUGCAAAAUGUUGUUCGUUUGCACAAAGCCAGCUCAAAUGCCACUUUGGAAGAUAUUUCCUCUUUGGCAUCUUCUAGUGCAAAAUCCAUUGAAGAAUUUCUGACAACAGAGGCUGGUGAAGCAUCUGCAAUACUCGACAAUCUUCAAAGUACUCUUUCAACUCAAUCGAAAGAAAUGGCUCUUUUUGCAAGGGAAUUGAGACAGAGAUUUCAUGUCACUAUUGAUCAAACGAAGGGUAUUUCGGAAUAUAUUGAAGAAUUCCUCUCUAAGUUGACUGAUGAAUCAAAGAAAUUGGGAAAUCAUGCAGCAGAGGCUGAAGAGAUCCAGAUGAAAAGCAUUGCAGAAUUUCAAAAAGUUUACGAGGAGCAAUCAAGAACUGAUACGGAGAAGCUCAUAGCUGAUAUGACCAAUUUGGUAUCUUGUCACAUCCGUCGCCAAAAGGAACUGGUCGAUGCAAGGCUCAUUGGUCUUCAAGAAACUGCCAGUGCAAACAAGACGUUUUUGGAUGGAUAUAUUUCCUCCAUGGAUGGUAUGGCUACAGAUGCAAAGCGCAAAUGGCAGGUGUUUGCAACGCAGACCGAUAGUGAGACAAGAGACAGUGCUGACUUCUCCGCUGCUAAACAUUGUCGGAUGGAGGAUCUUCUGCAGCAAUGCGUCGGUACUACUGAAUCGGCUCUCAAACAGUGGAACAAAACACGAGAGUCUUUGACUGAGAUGGGUACUAAGCAUGUCUCUGAUGUGGUGUCUGCUGUGAGAGGUGCUUGUGAUAGUAAUGAGCAACAUGAUGCCGAGUUUACUUCUGAGCGUUCUGCAGCGGAACAAGACAUGAUGACGAACAUUGAAGAUACUCUUCAACAUGUUGAUAGCAUUUCUAAACAAGAACGUGGUUCUAUCUCUGGUAUAUUAGAUGCUGUCAAAACUCAUACAGAAACAAUGGAAGCUUUCCGAACUGAUCACUCUUGCCAAGUUUCUGCCAUUGAAGAAAAAGCAAAAGAAACAUUUCGGCAGCAAUAUGGGGACUAUGAGCCAACCGGCAGCACCCCAAUCCGAUGUGAACCCGACGUCCCGAGCAAGAGUACUAUCGAGUCACUGCGUGCCAUGCCAAUGGAAGCCCUUGUCGAGGAAUUCAGGGAAAACAAUUCAUGUGAAUUAUUGAGUAAUGGCAAAGAGAAACCAUCACUUAUACCGAGAGCGCCGCUUUUGGAGCGCAACUAAUUAAGAAAAAAAGCAGCAGCAAAAUUUGGUGGGAAGUUGAACCUGUAUCUGUGUAAUAUUAACUGUUGUUGUUAUUAGUAGAUAUACACAGCGAAAAGGUUGGAUGGAAGGGUAAGUUUGGGUCAAGAAUGAAUAAAUCUUUUCUUGAGAUUUACUUAAAGUAAUUGGGGUUUUGGUGAUGGAAUGAAUGUCAGUGUAUAUUAAGCAGAAAUGUCCUCCAUUUUUAUAUUUUUUAUUUUCAGAAAUACAGGAUUUGAUGUGUAGCGAAGGGGAGAUUCUUGAUUUAAAAGAAAAUAGUGUUGCCUUUCUUCUGCU